GCCAGAAACUCGUGUAUGGCCCAGUAGAUUGCAAACGUCUGGUGCAUUUCCAAUUGGUCCAAAAUAUCAUGGACCCAGCUGAUUGGCCUAGACACCUGCCAGAGGUAAAAUCGUCGCAGCUGCAGCUCGAUGUACCUUUUUCCAGCUUUCGGAGCGUUCGCUUGCAUGAAGGUCGGCACAACACACGGUAGUUUGAAUCAGACUCUUGUUCGUCGCAGAACGACGAUCUCAGGCCAAGGCCAGCAUCGUGCGCCUUUACAAACCCUGUUUCUAAUGCUCCUUGGGGAUGCAGAAGCUUUCAGUAGACUCCGGAUUUCCACCCAAUGCCCAAUUUCCAAUUAUCCUGGUUCGGCUCGCGCCCUCACCGAGCCCAUUCUUUGGGUGCAAGUGGUACAGUGCUCAUCACUACAAGGAGCCGUUCACGUGCCUCCAAGAGGUCCAAUAAACGAGGCUUACUCGAUGCCAACAGCUUUCUCAGGCGCAUAUGCAUUUGCAAUGCCUUUCGAUUGCAUGACACUCGCACUUUCCCCAGAUCCGUCUCAAGUGCAAUUCACCCGACAACCGCUUAUCAGACCGCCGACAUCGAAGGAAACCCCUGAAUACUUCGAGUUGUAUAACGUAUGCAAACAUGUACGAACUGAGGAGUCGUGGCUUCUGAAUCUAGACUUGGUACUGGGUGCCGGUUUAUGCAUAUCAGGACACGAUGAUGCGUAGCCAUGGUAUAUACCAGACGUACUCCCAGAUCUCGCGUGCAGCUUAUAAGUCCCAUUACUACCCACCACCCAGUGGUACCCGACACCUGCUCACAAGCGACUUGGAUUAUUCAAACUCCUCCUUGAUGGAGACAGUAGUU